AUGACGGAACUGAUGGAGAAUCAACUCGUGUUGCAACGCUCGAUUGAGCGAGCGCUCGACAAUUUUAAGAAGCUCGGGCGAGCGAACUAUACGGUGGCGAAGAUCCGAUCGAGAAUCUCAUCCCUCAAGGAGCUCUGGGCUCCCUAUCAAGGAAAUCACGCCAGGCUGUCGGCUUCCACCCCCGCCUCGACCAGAACUACGUUGGACUACUUCGUCAAGGAGCAGUUCGAGAAAACCGAGGAAACCUACAACGCCGCACUGGACUACAUGAGCGAAUGUCUUGCAGAAAUUGAGCCUCCUGUGAGUCCGCACCAAUCUCUUGACUUCGGGCAUUCGAGUCAACUCGCGUCCGCGACUUCGCUCUCUCACCUUCCGCCCAUUCGCUUACCGCCUUUCGACGGAAAUUAUUCGGAAUGGGAGACAUUUCGCGAUCGAUUCGUUGCGCUAAUCGUUGAUAAUACUGAUCUGAGCAAUUUCGCGCGGAUGCAUUAUCUCUCGUCGUCGUUGAAAGGCCGCGCGCUCGAGGCCAUCGCGAACAUUGCGAUUACUGCGGAUAAUUUUCAGAUCGCGUGGAACACCUUAAAGGCUCGUUUCGAAAAUAAACGACGUCUCCUCACUAAUCAUCUGUCCACGUUGCUCGGCCUGUCGGCACUCAGUCGCGAAUCUGCUUCCGACUUACAAACGUUGCACGAUAAAAUAAAUAUCGCAGUCUCAUCAUUAAGAAAAUUGAAUCGAUCUCCGGAAGAUCUAUGGAACGACUUUCUCGUUCACCUUUUGACUCAAAAAUUAGAUGCUGCGACACGUACAGCGUGGAAUCUCCAAACGAGCAAUGUCGACUCGCCGCCGGCGUUCGCAGAUCUCAAAAAAUUUGUAACCUCUCGUAUUCGCGCACUUGAGGAGUGCUCGCCGACCUCCUCUCAUAAACCUGCGUCGAAAUCUGCGAAUUCAUCGCAUGUCAAUGUCGCCACGGCUUCCGCGAAUUCUCCGUCAGCUUGUCCGCUUUGCAAAGCGCGUCAUUAUUUGAAUCUGUGCCCAGAAUUCGUCGCGAAGAAUCCGCAGCAGCGACAAGAAAUCGUUAAACGUUUCAAACGUUGUUUCAAUUGCAUGAGUAGCAAUCACUCGGUACGGGAUUGUAAAAGUAAGUACGCGUGCCGCUCGUGCAAUCAGAAGCAUCAUUCAAUGCUUCACGUUGAUGCGGAGACAAGCUCUGAUUCAACGACGAUAACGCCAUCAGCGUCGCAAGCGUCCCCAUCAAGCACACCGAAGGUCGAGGUACUUUCGCUAUUUGCCGCCGCGCAACAUAGUCGUAAUUUACAAGUCCUUUUAGCCACUGCAUGGGUUAGGGUGAAAGUUUCCUCCGGUCGCGUAGCGACGGUCAGAGCCCUGCUCGACCAAGGCUCUCAAGCCACAUUCAUAUCAGGGCAUUUAGCUCAAUCUUUGUACGCAAAACGCAUUCGGAUGUCGAUCUCAAUUUCGGCCGUCGGCGGCACUCACGUAGGUAAAGUACGCCACGCGGCGUCAAUCAUAAUCGCUCCGCGCGAUUCAGACAAUCCAUCUCUGUGUACCACUGCGUACAUUCUCGAUUCCUUGACGGCAUACGCGCCUCGAUGCGAUGCCGAUUCAUCAUGCCUCGCACAUCUCUCCGAUUUAGCCUGGGCAGACGCGAACCCGAGCAGUUCCGAUCCAAUUCACAUUUUGAUUGGCGCGGAUAUCUAUAACAAUAUUAUUCAAGGGGGCGUCCGAAAGGGUGAAGCUGGACAGCCUAUCGCGCAAGAAACGAUAUUUGGAUGGGUCAUUUCCGGGCCGCUAGUGUCGGAUGCUAAUUCACCGGCGGGACGAUCCUCCGUUAAUAUUACCGUACUUCAUUGCACAAGUUUAAGGCCUCUCGCCGAGGAAAUUCAACGUUUUUGGGAGGUAGAGGAGAUCUCUCACACCCGCAAACUCACGCCGCAAGAUGAGCAGUGUGAAUCUCACUUUUGCGAUACUCAUUCGCGUCAAUCUGACGGCAGAUAUAUCGUGCGUCUGCCGUUCAAACGGAGUCCUCCGCCGGAAAACGGGCACUCGCGAUUCACUACCGAACGCCUUUUCAAUUCAUUGUCACGGCGGUUCCGCUCUAAUUCGGAAUUAGAAAAGGAUUAUGAUGAAUUUAUGCGCGAAUAUGAAACGCUCGGUCACAUGCGUCGGGCGCCAUGCGCGGAUCGAACGCACGAUCCAUGCGUAUAUAUUCCGCAUCAUCCGGUCAUUCGUGAAACCAGCCUCACGACUCGUUUGCGCGUCGUUUUCAACGCGUCAAGCUUGACGUCGAACGGUACGUCAUUAAACGACCACUUACUCGCCGGUCCAAAAUUACAGACGGAUUUACCCGCAAUUAUGCUACAGUCAGUUCAAGUUCGUGUACACAGCCGAUAUUGCGAAAAUGUACCGCCAGAUUUUGAUAGAUCCUCAGGAUCUCGACUAUCUGAGAAUUUUGUGGAAGGGUGA